GUAUAAAUUCAACCCCCUCUUCCCCAAUUUCUCAUCUCACAUAUUGUCUCCACAAAAAGCCCUAGACAUACACACAAAUCUCUAUAGAUUUCUCUUUCUCGAUCUCUCUCUUGACGCUCAGUCCCCAUAUUUCAAGAUGCAGAUCUUUGUGAAAACUCUUACCGGAAAGACCAUAACCCUUGAGGUUGAAAGCUCUGACACAAUCGACAAUGUCAAGGCUAAGAUUCAAGACAAGGAAGGCAUCCCUCCCGAUCAGCAGAGGCUUAUCUUUGCGGGCAAACAGCUCGAGGAUGGAAGGACUUUAGCUGACUAUAAUAUUCAGAAGGAAUCCACCCUUCAUUUGGUUCUUCGUCUCCGCGGUGGCAUGCAGAUCUUUGUUAAAACACUCACUGGCAAGACCAUUACCUUAGAAGUUGAAAGCUCUGACACCAUUGACAAUGUUAAGGCUAAGAUUCAGGACAAGGAAGGCAUUCCUCCUGAUCAGCAGAGGCUUAUCUUCGCGGGCAAACAGCUUGAGGAUGGUCGUACAUUAGCUGAUUACAAUAUUCAGAAGGAAUCCACCCUUCAUCUGGUUCUUCGUCUACGUGGUGGCAUGCAGAUUUUUGUUAAGACCCUUACUGGAAAGACUAUUACCUUAGAAGUUGAAAGCUCUGACACUAUUGAUAAUGUCAAAGCUAAGAUUCAGGAUAAGGAGGGUAUCCCACCGGACCAGCAGAGGCUUAUUUUUGCUGGGAAGCAGCUUGAAGACGGCCGUACUCUUGCUGACUAUAACAUCCAGAAGGAGUCAACCCUUCAUUUGGUGCUCCGCCUGCGUGGUGGUAUGCAAAUCUUUGUCAAGACCCUCACAGGGAAGACAAUCACCCUUGAAGUAGAAAGUUCGGAUACAAUUGACAAUGUGAAGGCAAAAAUCCAAGACAAGGAAGGAAUCCCCCCGGACCAGCAGAGGUUGAUUUUUGCUGGCAAGCAGUUGGAGGAUGGAAGGACAUUGGCUGAUUACAAUAUUCAGAAGGAAUCCACACUCCAUUUGGUACUGAGGCUGAGGGGUGGAAUGCAGAUUUUUGUGAAGACAUUGACAGGAAAGACAAUUACUUUGGAGGUGGAGAGCUCAGACACAAUUGAUAAUGUGAAGGCAAAAAUUCAGGAUAAAGAAGGCAUCCCACCAGACCAGCAGAGGCUGAUUUUUGCUGGUAAGCAGCUUGAGGAUGGUCGUACCCUUGCUGACUACAAUAUUCAGAAAGAAUCUACCCUCCACUUGGUGCUCCGUCUUAGAGGUGGGAUGCAGAUCUUUGUCAAGACGUUGACUGGGAAGACGAUCACUCUAGAAGUUGAAAGCUCGGACACGAUUGAUAAUGUGAAGGCGAAGAUUCAGGACAAAGAGGGCAUCCCUCCAGAUCAGCAGAGGUUGAUCUUUGCUGGAAAGCAGCUAGAGGAUGGAAGGACUUUGGCCGACUACAACAUCCAGAAAGAAUCUACCCUUCACCUUGUCCUUCGUCUUCGUGGUGGUUCUGUUUUCUGAACUGUGGAAAGUUCUUGGCUUGUCUUUGAUGCGAUUCUCUUUUUUACAUUUACUUGAAUAUUUCUAUGUGGAAUGUCUGGGUUUUAUUAAAGCAGUUGUGUUAUCUGUUGAAAGACUAUUGUUAUAUCUAGUUUGGAAUGUGUUUAAAUUCUUA